UACUGAGAUUUAGAGAUUGCUUUAUAGGUUACUGAUAUUUAGUUGAAAUUGGACUGAACCAUAAGGUUCUUUUUUUUGCUGAUCUACCAUUUUUCAGGUGGUGUUUGGACGAGGAAAAUUGCUCUGGGAUCUGUGCGAUUUUGUUACAAUGGGACUCUACAAGGACAAAGGUUUGGAUUCAGAUCCCAUCGAUCCAAACAUUCUUUUCCGCGUGUAAAAUCAUAAUGCUCUGCAAAGGAAAGCCGUGUGGAUAUAGAUAUCCCGGGGCAGCGAGGUGCCGUGCCGGCGGCGAGGGACGGGGACGGAUCAUCGAACCCGCCGUCAGGUCAAGGUGCCACAUGGCCGCGCUUUAAUUUGCUUGACUCGUGAUGAACGACGAGCCGGCACCAGCACGAUGCUUGGUUGGUGCGGACGGUGGCGCCCGCCCACGUGUCGAGCGCCACCGCCACCGCCACCGCCACGGCCGACCUCUCCGGCGGACCCCGCCACUGACCCGCCAACCAUGGCAAGGCAGCGCGCGCGCGCGAGCGAGUGGCCUAGUGCUAUGGCACUAGCUGCUACGGCUGAGGUUGCGCUCAGUGUGCUUGCUCCUGUUGCUGCAGUGGUGCUAGCAGUACAAAGGGGACUCCACUUGCGCCCGGCGCGAAUGGCAGCCCACCCCUCUUGCUCCUCGGCCUCGCCUUCUCCCGAGACAUGGCGCCCUCCGCGUCCCCUCGCGCCCUCGCGCUCUCCUCCGCCACGCGGGUCUGCCUGCCACUGACGCUGGCGCUGCGGCAGCGGCCGGAGGCGCGUGUGCCGCGCGCACCUGGCGCCCAGUUCCGCCCGGCAACCGCGUGCUCGUGGUCCCGCCCCUUGCGGCCUGAGCUCGCCGCUACGUUCCCUCGUCCCGGCGCCCGCGGCACCGGCAGGGCGCCGCCGCUGUUCCGGCCUCGCGCAUGGAUGACGACGUCUCAGAUCGCCAGCUCGGCCUUCACCUGGGGCACCGUCGCCGUCCUCCCCUUCUACACCCUCAUGGUGGUCGCCCCCAAUGCCAACCUCACCAAACGGACCGUGGAGAGUAGCGCCCCCUACGUCGCCCUCGGCCUCCUCUAUGCCUACCUGCUCUACGUGUCCUGGACCCCCGAAACCCUGCGCGCCAUGUUCGCCAGCAAGUACUGGCUCCCUGAGUUGGCUGGCAUCGUCAGGAUGUUCGCGAGCGAGAUGACCGUCGCCUCUGCGUGGAUCCACCUCCUCGCCGUCGACCUCUUCGCGGCAAGGCAGGUGUACCAGGAUGGCAUCAAGAACGACAUCGAAACGAGGCAUUCGGUGUUGCUGUGCCUGCUCUUCUGCCCGGUUGGGAUCCUGGCUCAUGUGAUGACUAAGGUACUGUCGGGCGCGGUCGGCCGCUCACACGGAUGAUUGGUAGGUUGUAUGUACGAUUCAAUUGUUUGGGUGGUGGAUUUUUGUGAUUCCGACAUGAAUAAAAUUGAUUCAAUGCACCGAUUCUUUUCA